CUUUGAAAUAAAAUUUGCGGCCAACACUUCGUCUAAAAAGAGGCUCAAAUUCAACCACAGAUUUUGCUCUCACGUUCAUGAAGUGCUGCUACCGUGUAAAUAGAGGGACAUGAUGAAGUCUGCUGGACAUGCUUUGCUUUCUUCUUUUAAACCUCCUUACUGUUUUGCCCCAAAAAAUUGUCACAGAUUGCCUUCAAGUUUGAUCUGUGGAAUUUCAAUUACUAAGUCAAGGAAUUAUAACGCUUACAAUCAGAAGCAUCAAUCACGUUCAAAUUUUGAGAUGGGUGCAGAUCAAUAUUUACCUCCUUGGUUCAGUGUUGCCCCAAUGAUGGAGUGGACAGACAAUCAUUAUAGGACAAUGGCCCGCCUUGUAACAAAACACGCAUGGCUCUAUACAGAAAUGCUUGCUGCAGAAACAAUUGUUUAUCAGGAGAAGAAUUUGGACAGAUUUUUAGCUUUCUCUCCGGACCAGCAUCCUAUAGUACUUCAAAUUGGUGGAAAUAACUUGGAAAAUCUGGCAAAAGCAACUCGACUAGCAAACAGUUAUGGUUAUGAUGAGAUCAACUUGAACUGUGGAUGUCCUAGCCCUAAGGUAGCAGGACAUGGGUGCUUUGGUGUGAGUCUAAUGCUUGAUCCAAAGUUUGUUGCUGAGGCUAUGUCUGUCAUUGCUGCCAACACAGAUGUUCCAGUUAGUGUUAAAUGUCGUAUUGGUGUUGAUGAUCAUGAUUCUUACAAUCAGCUCUGUGAUUUCAUAUAUACAGUUUCUUCUCUAUCACCAACGAGGCAUUUCAUUAUACAUUCCAGAAAGGCGUUGCUGAAUGGAAUUAGCCCUGCUGAUAAUAGGAAAAUUCCUCCCUUGAAAUAUGAGUACUACUACGCUCUCCUUCGUGACUUUCCAGACCUUCGCUUUACAAUCAAUGGAGGUAUAAAUAGCAUUGACGAGGUACGUGCAGCACAAAAUGAAGGAGCUCAUGGGGUUAUGGUUGGUCGUGCUGCUUAUAACAAUUCAUGGUCUGUGCUGGGAAACGUUGACACUGCAAUUUAUGGUGCGUCACCUAGCGGUGUAACUCGUCGUCAGGUCUUGGAAAAGUACCAGGUCUAUGCUGAUUCAGUGGUAGGAAUGUAUGGAAAUGGUAAACCAAGUCUCCGGGAUUUGGUUAAGCCUCUAUAUGGUCUCUUUUGGGGGGCACAUGGAAAUGGUGUGUGGAAGCGCAAAGCUGAUGCUGCUUUCCAUCAUUGCAAGACAUUUAAAUCUCUGAUGGAUGAGACACUAAAUGCCAUGCCUGAUUCAGUCCUGGAUUCACCUGUUGCCGAUGCAUAUACAACUACUUGCAUAGAUAAGUUUGCCAAUUCGAUGAAUCUGUUGCCCUUGCCGUACACAAUCAAGGAAGAACAAGAGGAAGAGUUGUUGUAUGCUUAGUUUGUAAUCACAUGGCCAAUCAUUGACUUAUGAAAUGUUAGUGCCUAAACCUAGUAUCUGAGUUUUUUUUGGAUGGCCAAAGUGUAAGCUCAAGAACAUUGACCAAAGUGGAAUGGAAUGUUAAUCCGUAGUAAA